AACUAGCUAUUAUGUGGUUUCAAGUUUCUAAUCGAGCAAUAAUGUUUAAUUUGAUUUUCUUUUCUUUUCUUCUAUUUUCAUUUGGUAUUUCUUCGUUGACAAAUGACAAUUACUCAAAUCAAUUCAUCUCAAUAUAGCGGGAGUUAUAAAGAGCUAACUCUUUGUUCUCGAAAUCAAAUGUAUGAUAAGAGUAUGAUAACUAAGUCUCCAGCCUAGUUAGUAAAGAAGCCCAUAUACAUGCAGUUUGGUUUGAUACAUUUAACUGGUGCGCAUGCUCUCAACAUUCGUAACUCGAAUUUGAAAGAACAAAACUAGACAUCGGUUAGCAAGCCUCGCGAAUAAACAUUUAGCUUCCACAAAUAUCCAAACAUUGAUUAGCCUUUUAGCCCAUAUAUGGCGGUCACCAAAAGAAUGGAAGUCAUGAUUCCCCUGAAUUGCACACCCAUUGUUACAGCUAAAUCUAAGAAGCAGUAAUUUAUACUAUCUAAUGAAUGUUCUAGCUAGCUAUAGGUAGAAGAGGGUAUGUUAACUUGACGGUGAUCACCGUGGAGACGAGGGAUUAUAUAACAUGGAAUUAAUAUUGAUUGGUGGUGUGUGCAAUGAAUUGAAUGGCUUCACGAUCGAUAUAUGGAUAUCGUAUAAUAUUCCAUUUACUCUGAGGAAUCAAGGUUUGAUUUGCUUCAUCUUAAUUUUCACCUGAUCGAUAUAUACCUGUUUUGCUAGGGACAAUGUAUCACAUCAGAUUUUGAAGUUUAUAAGCAAAUUAAACGGGGUUCGAUUUGUGGUUGAUUCUUUGUGUGAUCGAUGGGGAAAGCAUGCAAUCAUUAUUUCAGAAUCAUGCAUGGUAAUUAAGAAUAUUUGGGGAAAUUAUUUAUGAGGUUCUCUCAUUAUAAGUAAAUGGUAUACUAAGUUAUUGAGUUGAUAAUAAGUUAAUGAGUUGAAUGAGUUAUUAUAAUUGUACAACAGGUGGCUCAAACGAUAAUCCACAGUUAAACUUGAUUGGGACCUACAAGCAGCGGAUCCAGAACAGGUUAGAUCACUGGGUCGUAUUUAAAAAGCGGUGAAGAGGGCUGGACCGUAACCCUAUAAACAUUGAAAUAUAUACCCAAAGUCGAAAAUUUACAAGUAUUGUACGAGCUUUGGAUCCGGGAAGGGCUGGGCCGUGGCCCGGGGAUGACCCCCUAGAUCCGCCACGGCCUACAUAAUUUUCUUGUCAUUAAGAACAUUGACAAUGGAGUCGAAAUGAGGAACUUACCCAUAUCGACCCAUGUCAGACAUGCGAUCAGCAAGUCGGGUACAAAAUUUAGCAAUUUCAAAGAGAAUUCACGUUUAACCUUACUCUACGAAUUAAUUACGAGGUAGGUAAUAUGCAACCCGAAAUCCUACCCGGAAUGAAGAGUCCUUGGAAUCUCCGAUAUAUGAAAUGAGGUACAUUGAGGCCUAAAUUUCUAUUCUCUAUUAGUUGGAAAACAGGAUCCCCUAAUGUCUUGUGUGUUGCAAAACCCUUGUAAUAUACGAAACAAAAUUAGUAUUCAAUUCAAUGCCUCACUUCUCUAAAAAAAAAGCAAUCAAAGUUGGCAUUUUCCUCUUGUCGUUCCUCCAUGGUUUUUGUGCCAGUUUGAACACAUUUCACCAAUGAACAAACCGACCCAAUACAUGUUCUAGGAAACAAAAAUGAACAAAAAAAAUGCGACACAAAUAUUGUCCUCAUUCGGACCCUCCCACUGUCCGUACCUCUCUAAUUGUAUCGCAACGUACCAAAAUACCAUUACUUUCUGCACAACUAGCUAUAGCCACCACGUCCGUAUAUAAAUUCACACACACCGCAGUUUCCCCAAAAUCAUCAAAGCCAUAACUGAUUAACCAUAUUUUAUUUGUAGCUGUGCCAUCGUCAAUAUUCUUACUUACUUACUAAUUAACUAUAUGGAGAUGCAGCAGUUCAGGGGAACGACGAUGAAGGCAGCUUGUAUUUUUUUGGUGGCAAUAGCGUUGAUAUCAUCUUUAGCGACGACUGGCGCCGUGGCGGAUGGGAUCGAGUCGUCGCCGAGGGUGAUAACGUGCCGGCGCGGGGAGCUUCCGACGAAGCUGGCGAUGGUGUGUUGGAAGGCGAUCUUCGAGGUGCCCUUCUGCGUCUUCGAGAUAGUCAAGGUUUACGAAGGUGGGUCGGUGUUCGACAUCGGGAAGCCUUGCUGCCGGGCGUUCGUCGACCUCUCCGACGACUGCAGGAUCGAGGUGUUCCAGCACUCCAAGUUUUUCCCCGUCAUUGAGGGAUUCUGUAAAGCCGUUAUCGGCGCCGGACCUAUCGGCGGCGGCGGUGGCGUCGUCCGAGCUCCGCCUCCACAUCAUCAUCAUCAUCAUCACUCCGGUUGAUAUAUCAAGAGAGAGCUAUUAAUUAUAUAUAGGUGGUUAUUAGCGUGAAUAAUUAAGGUGUGUAAAAAGAGAGAGAGGGAGAAAUGUGUUGGCUCACUUCUUGUAAAAUUAUUUACAAAAUUCAAUAUGUAUGAGUAUUUUUUUUUUUAUGGUUGUGUAUGAGUAUCUUAGCUCCUUCUUCUGAUCAAUAUCUCUAUAUAAGCUCUUUGUUUUCAGUGAAAGAUUUUCAAAUAAUUGCUAACAUUAAAUGUUGAUAUAAACACAUAAUAUGAGGAGCAUGUAUGCAUGGUAAUAGUCUAAUUAUAGAGAAUUAGUUUUUCUAUUAACUUGAAAAAAAUCACGGAUUCGGCUGAGGCUAUUCUUCACCAAUGAUUAAAUCUAUUUAGCAUCAAUAUGUGUGGAUUUUUUCAGGAGCCAUUUUUGACAGAUUCCAAAGAGGUACUAUCACAUAUUUCUUGUGAUUUUUUCGAAAGAUAAUUUUCUAUUGAUUUGAAGGCUACAUAUCAAGAAUUUGGCUUGAUGUUAUUCUCCACCGAUGGUAAAGUCUAUUAAUCAUCGACUUGAGCAUAUUUUUUUAGGGCAUUUUCGUAACUUUUUUGGGAGAUUUUUUGUAAUGCAAAUUUUCUUGUAUUUUGAAGGCUACAGAUAAUGAAUUUGUCCUGAGACUAUUCUUCACUGUUGAUUAUGUCUAUUAAGCACUAAUUUGAACAAAAAUUUUCGAGUCCAUUUUUGGCAUAUUCCAAAGGGGUACCAUCACAUUUUCGACGGUUUUUUCAAAACCCAAUUUUUUUAGAUUUUGAAGGCUACAAAUCACAUAUUCAGUUUGAGGCUAUUCUUCACCGAUGAUUAAGUCUAUUAAGCAUCAAUAUGUGUGGAUUUUUUCAGGAGCCAUUUUUGACAGAUUCCAAAGAGGUACUAUCACAUAUUUCUUGUGAUUUUUUCGAAAAAUAAUUUUCUAUUGAUUUUGAAGGUUACAUAUCACGAAUUCGGCUUGAUGUUAUUCUCCACCGAUGGUAAAGUCUAUUAAUCAUCGACUUGAGCAGAUUUUUUAGGGCAUUUUCGUAACUUUUUUGGGAAAUUUUUUGUAAUGCAAAUUUUCUUGUAUUUUGAAGACUACAGAUAAUGAAUUUGUCCUGAGACU